CAAAAGUUGACUCGUGGGUUUGCUUUAAUCUCACUUCAGGUUGAUGUUUUCUCUCGAAUUUUUGUCUCCUUGUGAGUUGAUGGGUUUGUUCUACCUUCAUAGUUGGUGAACCUUUACCCUUAAUAAAUCUCAUUAUAGAUCAACCGUUCAUCCGUAGUUUUAUUUUGAGUUCUAAGGUUUUGUCGUAAUUUGCUAUUUGGGUCUGUGGGUUCAGUAUUCAUCUUCAUCUUGAUCAUGGCUUCGGUUGGUUGAUGCAAGGAAGAAUCGAUUCUGGGCUGAAAUCAUUAGGGGACUGGAGAGCUCAGUGAAUGCUGAUAAUUGGGUUUCAUCGACUGACAUUCCACUUAUAGAACAUAAAAGUGAAGAGCCCAGAAUGAGGGAGGCACAGCUAGGCUCUCACACUGUGAGGUCCCAUGGAAUCACAGUUGCAAGGACUCAUAUGCGUGAUUGGCUGAUACUUCUGCUUCUUGUUGUGCUGGAGAUCACACUAUUGGCAAUCCACCCGUUUUACCGGUUUGUCGGCAAGGAUAUGAUGACUGAUCUCAAAUACCCUCUAAAGAGUAAUACAGUACCCGUUUGGGCUGUCCCCCUCUACGCAGUUUUACUGCCAUUGUUGAUUUUCAUUGCUGUGUAUUUCCGUAGAAGGGAUGUCUAUGAUCUUCAUCAUGCUAUACUGGGCCUCUUUUAUUCGGUUCUUGUGACAGCAGUAAUUACUGAUGCGAUAAAAAAUGCAGUUGGUCGACCUCGCCCUGAUUUCUUCUGGCGUUGUUUUCCUGACGGUAAAGAUGUUUACAAUCAACUUGGAAAUGUUAUAUGCCAUGGCGAAAAAGGCGUCAUAAGGGAAGGUCACAAAAGCUUUCCUAGCGGACACACUUCAUGGUCAUUUGCUGGUUUGGGAUUUUUGUCACUCUACUUAUCGGGAAAAAUUCAAGUGUUUGACCGAAAAGGCCACAUUGCAAAGCUAUGCAUAGUCUUUCUCCCUCUUCUAUUCGCAUCAAUUGUUGGAAUUUCCCGUGUGGAUGACUACUGGCAUCAUUGGCAGGACGUCUUUGCGGGAGGUUUGCUAGGUCUUGUGAUUGCCACGUUCUGCUAUCUUCAGUUCUUCCCACCACCGUAUCAUGCUGAAGGUUGGGGGCCAUAUGCUUACUUCCGCGUGUUGGAGGACUCACGAACACAAGUGACCAUUGCUGUGGUGCCCCAACAUGAUCAAAACGCUGGGGAUAAUCGCGAUGAAGACGGAAGCGGGCACGGGUUUAUGGGGUUACACUUGGCUGAAAACCCUGAUUUGAGGCGAGAAGAGGACGUAGAAUCUGGUAGAGGCUGAUAAGAGAAGUGAGAAGAGCCCAAACUGCUUGUCUGGUACAGUGCCCUUUUACUUUGGUGUUCAUAAUUUCUUUCUUUCUUUCUUCUUCUAAUCCAUAGAUGAAUCCAAAGGUCUACUUAAUAGCUUUCGUUUGGAUUUGGUGGAAAACGUUGUCUCUUGUAUCGGUUUUCAGGGUAGAAAUGGAGUUUUAGGGAUCAGAUGGACUUCUUUUAUGCAGUAUCUAUCUUCUUGAUCUCAGUAGAUGACAAAAGAGAACAUGAUUUCGUCUGUCCAUAUGGGAGUUAAAUCCGAGUACAUUCUUAAAAAAACCAUGUUUAGCCCUCGAA